UCGGUUUAUAAAGCAGCCAUGAACUAUGAAGAUGCCAACAUCGUCGCGGUGAAAGUGCUUAACCUUCAACAGCAUGGGGCUUUCAGGAGUUUUAUGUCUGAAUGUGAGGCCCUGAGAAGCAUUCGACAUCGAAAUCUUGUCAAAAUUCUAACUUCAUGCUCUAGUUUGGAUCACCACGGUAAUGAUUUCAAGGCCUUGGUUUUUGAGUACAUGCCUAAUGGGAGCUUAGAAGAGUGGCUACAUCCAAAUGCAUGCCAGAAUAGGCCAUUCAGAACCCUAAGCCUAAUCCAGAGAUUGAACAUAGCUGUCGACGUAGCCUCGGCAUUAGAGUAUCUACAUCACGGAGGGUCCGUGCUGAUUGUUCACUGUGAUCUUAAGCCCAGCAACGUCCUUCUCGACAAUGAAAUGACGGCGCACGUGGGCGAUUUCGGGUUAGCAAAGUUUCUACGGCAACCGCCUGACGAAUCAUCUAAGCAUUCAUCUACUAGCACUGUGGGAAUCAAAGGAUCUAUUGGUUAUAUUCCUCCAGAGUAUGGAAUGGGCUGUAAACCAUCUAGGCUCGGCGAUGUGUACAGCUUUGGAAUUCUUCUGCUGGAGAUGUUCACUGGAACGAGCCCCAUUGACGACAAGUUUAAAGAUGGACUGAGCCUUCGUGGAUAUGGUCGUGCUGCUGCUGCUGCUUCUCCUGAACAUCUCAUGGACAUCAUGGACAGAAACCUGCACUCAGCUGAUCAAGCUUAUCGCGAAGAGCGUGUGCGAGAUUGCUUAGUUUCGGUGUUUGACUGCAGUCUCUCCUGCUCGAAUGAAUCACCACACGAACGAUGCGACAUGACGGAAGUCUCAAAGGUGCUGAGUGCAGCAAGAGAGAGGCUUCUUAGCUAA